UGGGCGCCUCUCCGCGCACACAGAGCGGGGCAGGAGGGGGAGGAGGAGGGAGCUGCCGCCGCCGCCGCCGGGGAGAGGCGGCGAACUCCGGGCAAAGUUUGGAGCCGCGGGCCCGCGGCGCUGAGGCAGCGGCGGGCGGGGAGCGGCCGGGCCGGGCAGGGCCNGGCGGCGGGCAGAGCGCGGGGGGCGGCGGGCAGAGCGCGGAGCCGGCGGCGGGCGCUGCCGGCACAGCCAGCAUGUCCUCCAUCCUGCCCUUCACUCCUCCCAUCGUCAAACGGCUCCUGGGCUGGAAGAAAGGCGAGCAGAACGGGCAGGAGGAGAAAUGGUGCGAGAAGGCGGUGAAGAGCCUGGUGAAGAAGCUGAAGAAGACGGGGCAGCUGGACGAGCUGGAGAAGGCGAUCACCACGCAGAACAUCAACACCAAGUGCAUCACCAUCCCCAGGUCCCUGGAUGGGCGGUUGCAGGUGUCCCACAGGAAGGGCCUCCCCCACGUCAUCUACUGCCGCCUGUGGCGCUGGCCCGACCUGCACAGCCACCACGAGCUGCGCGCCAUGGAGAUGUGCGAGUUCGCCUUCAACAUGAAGAAGGACGAGGUCUGCGUCAACCCCUACCACUACCAGAGAGUGGAGACCCCAGUGCUGCCUCCGGUGCUGGUGCCUCGGCACACGGAGAUUCCGGCCGAGUUCCCGCCCCUGGAUGACUACAGCCACUCCAUCCCAGAGAACACUAACUUCCCUGCAGGUAUCGAGCCCCAGAGCAACUACAUUCCAGAGACCCCUCCUCCAGGCUAUCUGAGUGAGGAUGGAGAAACCAGUGACCACCAGAUGAACCCCAGCAUGGAUGCAGGUUCUCCAAACUUAUCACCAAACCCCAUGUCUCCAGCACACAACAACCUGGACCUGCAGCCCGUGACCUACUGCGAGCCGGCCUUCUGGUGCUCCAUAUCCUACUACGAGCUCAACCAGAGGGUGGGGGAGACCUUCCACGCCUCGCAGCCCUCCAUGACCGUGGAUGGCUUCACCGACCCCUCCAACUCGGAGCGCUUCUGCCUGGGACUGCUGUCCAACGUCAACCGCAACGCGGCCGUGGAGCUCACCCGGCGGCACAUCGGCCGCGGCGUGAGGCUGUACUACAUCGGCGGGGAGGUGUUUGCCGAGUGCCUCAGCGACAGCGCCAUCUUCGUGCAGUCGCCGAACUGCAACCAGCGCUACGGCUGGCACCCGGCCACGGUCUGCAAGAUCCCCCCAGGCUGUAACCUGAAGAUCUUCAACAACCAGGAGUUCGCGGCGCUGCUGGCGCAGUCGGUGAACCAGGGCUUCGAGGCCGUGUACCAGCUGACGCGCAUGUGCACCAUCCGCAUGAGCUUCGUCAAGGGCUGGGGCGCCGAGUACAGGAGGCAGACGGUGACCAGCACUCCCUGCUGGAUCGAGCUGCACCUCAACGGGCCCUUGCAGUGGCUGGACAAGGUCCUCACACAGAUGGGCUCCCCCAGCAUCCGCUGCUCCAGCGUCUCCUAAGGAAACCCCUCCUGGGGCCGUGGGGAACACAGACUGCAACACCCUUAGCAAAGGCAUAGUAAGCAACUCCCCAGUUACUCGAGCGAUGAGAAAAAAAUCUGCUUCAAAAACACAAGAGAAGUGGGUUUUCUUUGUUUUGUUGUUGUUUUUAAGUACCCAUUUAAGCCACUUCCACUGAAACCGUCGGCACUUUGGUUGGGAUGCUCUGGGGCCGCUGCAGUUGGAAUUUGGAGCUGGAGUUGGUGAGGAUAAAGAGCUGGAUGUUGUUUCAGUGGAGAGCAGGCACUGCUCACCUGCUCCAGGCUGUGUGUGGCACAGGAGCCAUCCCAGCUCCCAGGAAACUUUCCCUUCCCUCACACAACUCCAGGCUCGGCAGCAUCCCAGGAACACCAGAGCCCGUGGGACUCUGGGAUGGCUCCUGCUCGUGCAUUCCUUCACCUCCCACCUGAUCCACACCGGUACUGCAGCAGCAGGGGGAAGGAGGCAUUUCAAGCACCCUAAAGAACGAAUUCCCCCAGGAAUGUUCUGAAAAGGAAGGAAUUCCCCACACUGGACUUGCAGCAAGGAGGCAGAGCCUUGCCUGGUGGCCGAGGGAUGAUGCCCUCACGGAUCAGCCUGGAUUCACAUGGAGCAAAAGCCCAGUCUGAGGCUCUUUGUGGUGUUGCUGCAGCGAUUUUUGACUGGAGCUGCUCCCAGAGGGAGAAUUGUCCCGUGGGGAGCCCUGCCUGGAGCAGCUCAAGCUCAGUUCUCUGCAGUCUGUGUGCAUUAAGUG